UGCCCCGGGGAGGCUGGAGCGGGGCCGACACCGCCGGGGAGGCGGUGGGGGAAGCCCCCGGGAGUCCUGCUGGGCAAUGAGGCCACGCUGCUGGCUGCCUGUCCUUCCCCCGCCCGCCGCGGCUGCUCCCGCCAUCCCUCCCUCCCUGCCUGCCUCCCGCCCAGCCGCGCCUGUCGCCUCCCGCUGUCGCCCAGCUCUCCCGGCGCGGGGUGCCUUUUCCCUGGCACUGCCUGGCCGGGAAAGGAGCCUGACUCAUCCCGGCUGGCACCCGGCAGAUGCCGGAGGGAGCAGUCCCGUCCCGCCGCCCUGCACCCGUGGAGGAAGGGCAACGCUGCUCCGGACUCACCUCGCACCCGGCUGGCCAGGGGCUCUUGGCGAGGCAGAUCAGCUGCUCCCGCCAUGCCCCACUUCUUGGAUUGGUUUGUGCCCGUGUAUCUGAUGAUCUCCAUUCUCAUCCUGGUGGGCUUUGGAGCUUGCAUUUACUACUUCGAACCAGGACUCCAGGAAGCCCAUAAGUGGCGAACACAGAGGCCAAUCAUGGAGCGAGACCUUCGGAAGACGCUGAUGAUUCGGGACAACCUGGCCUUUGGGGUGCCUGAGGUCUGACAAGCUGCCCAUUGCAGCCAGAGGAAUCUCUCCUGGGUGGGCAGCAGACCACAAGCCUCACUAGGGAUGGCAGUCCUGCCCUGGUAAAAGUGGGGCUGGUCUUCACUUUGCUGUCUGCUGAUCUGGGUCUCGUCCUCAUCACU